ACGCCAUCUUUACUUCACCAUCAAUCUCGGUCCUUAAAUAAAGCCUGUUUAACUUUAACCGUAACAGUUUUGUGGUGGAGGUGCGGGGUACUUCGACCAAGACGACGGAGCUGCUGCAGCAAGUACCACGCCGGAGCCGACGCCUCGCUCGACUGCCCCCAACACCACUUGAGAUCCCGAUGUCCCACAGCGGUGACCAACAACCUUCUCUGGCAGCUCCAGUGCGAACAACCGGCGCCUGGAUGCAUCAGAUGGAGCCUCGCCCUUUCUCAGGAAAAUUCGGCGAGGACGUGGAGGAAUGGCUCACCCACUACAAGCGUGUGAGCAAGUACAACGGCUGGAACGCCACGGCUCAGCUCGACAAUGUGGUUCUGUUCCUCACAGACACUGCGCUCGUGUGGUUCGAGAACCAUGAAGAUAUCUGCACAACGUGGGACCGCUUCGUUACUCACCUUACCGAGUGCUUCGGCGAUUCCACCACGAAGAGGAAGCGGGCGGAGCAGACAUUGCUUCAGCGUGCUCAAGUCCCAGGUGAGACCUGUACUACGUACAUUGAGGCAAUCCUGAAGCUUUGCAGAACGGUCAAUCCUCAAAUGUCCGAAGAGGACAAGGUUGGACACCUUCUCAAAGGCAUAGCCGAGGAUGUGUACAAUUAUUUAAUCGGAAAGGAGAGUCUCGCCUCGGUCGCCGACCUCAUCAAGCAUUGCCGCACAUUUGAGGCCUUGAAGCUGCGCCGUAUCACGCCUAAGUUCGGCAGGUUGACAAAUGUCACAACGGUGGCAAGCGUUGAAGACAAUGACAACCACAGUUUUCAAUGUGACCUUGCGGCAACUAUAAGGCAAAUUGUCCGCGAAGAACUUGAAAGACACACCAAAGGGGCGGAUGUCGAACUGCUUGGCUGGGCUCCCAACCAACCUCAAGAUCAUGCAUCUGCUGUGUCCGCAUUGUCUGCCAUGCCAGGCGUUGCAGAGUGUCGAGUCGAUCAACUGCGACAGCACCGACGUACCUUUCCCGACGACGCGAUGCACGAUCAACGAACUCGUCGAGCUACCACCACGAAUCGGAAUUCGGAAGAUCGCGUUUAUUAUUCUCAGCGUCCCAGGGUUGACCCCGAGGUUUACAACGUCGGUCGCGCAUCGCCUGUGUGUUACAGCUGUGGCGCCUCAGGACACAUUGCUCGUUUUUGUCGCCGGCGCCGACAGACAACAAGAUAUGGCCCACCACCAACUUGGCCUAAUUUUGAACGUGCCAGUUAUGAAGACCGUUGGCCGACAGACCCUGAUAGUGCAAACGCCACAGGCGCGCCACCCCUGAAUACCUUCCAUCAAUAUAGUAGAAGGAGUGGCUCGCCAGCUUCAGACCGCAGCCUGACGCCCCCAACCAGUCGCCAACGCCGUUCACCGUCACCACGGCGACGUGCUGCGUCACCACAGCCGUCGGGAAACUAGCCGGCGCGGCCGAUGGAGGCUACCUGUUCCUGGGCCCUUUGCUGUGGUCUGCUGAGUUCGUGUCCAUCGGAUUUUGGAUUACUGCUUCUUCCAUGGCCACAUGCCGCGUCACCGGCACCAAUUUCGGACGGAUUCAGCUACCGCGUCUGGCAACAAGGCACUGCUACGCUCUGCACUACCGGCGGCGGUUAUAAAAGCCAUCGAGACAUCGGCGGCUUCGGGCACGGCACCGCAUCUGCGAUGGCGAGUUCACCAAAGCUGCUCUUGCAGGUUAGUUACCUCUCCUGUGCUUCAUGUGUGAAGACCAGCGAUUACUGCCUGUUGAAGGUGUCGUGCCCUGUAGAGCUACCAGAUGUACUGAAACGAGCGCUGGCUACUUCAUCUGAUUUAUGUUGUGUAUUGCUGGAAUUGUUGCUCAUGCUUUCUGGUGAUGUUGAGCCCAAUCCUGGUCCGAUGACCAAGUGUGAGGCUGAGGCUUUUGCUGACGUCGUAAAUAGAAUUUCUAAACUAGAGGAAGGACAUGCAGCACUCGUUGCUGAACUCAAAAGCGCUAGAAAGGGGGAGACUGCUGCGCUAACAAAAGUAACCAAGCUUGAGCAAGGCAAUGCUCUACUACAUGCUGAACUUAAAUGUACUAAAAACGAGCUAGCAGCCGCUAAGAGCGAAAUCGAACUUCUUAACGCAAGGGUAACGCCACUAGAAGCAAGCGCUCCGUCAGAGCGCUCGGCCGAUUCAGCCAUGGGAGCCGAUCUUCUGCACGGUGUCUCUAAUCAACUAGCAACAAUCACCUCUAGGUGCGAUG